AUGGCCGGAGGCAAGGGCAAGUCAUCUGGAGGGAAGAGCUCCGGCGGUAAGACGAGCGCCGAGGGAUCCAAGAAGCAGCAGAGCCACUCGGCCAGAGCUGGACUUCAGUUCCCUUGCGGUCGUGUGAAGCGUUUCCUCAAGCAAAACACCCAAAACAAGAUGCGAGUCGGCGCCAAGGCCGCAGUCUACGUCACGGCCGUCCUCGAAUACCUGACUGCCGAAGUACUGGAGCUGGCAGGCAACGCCGCUAAGGACCUCAAGGUGAAGCGCAUCACCCCUCGCCAUCUCCAGCUGGCUAUCCGAGGUGACGAAGAGCUCGACACCCUCAUCCGUGCCACCAUCGCCUUUGGUGGUGUCCUUCCUCACAUCAACCGUGCCCUCCUCCUCAAGGUCGAGCAGAAGAAGAAGGCCAAGGCCUUGGAGGCCUAA